AUGUCCACUGAAUCUAUUAGAAUGGUCUUGAUUGGCCCUCCAGGUGCCGGUAAAGGUACUCAAGCUCCAAACUUGGUUGAAAAGUUCCAUGCUUGUCAUUUGUCCACCGGUGACAUGUUGAGAUCUCAAAUCGCUAAGAACACUGAAUUGGGUCAAGAAGCCAAGAAGAUCAUGGAUCAAGGUGGUUUGGUCUCCGAUGAAAUUAUGGUUAACAUGAUUAAAGAUGAAUUGACUAACAACCCAGCUUGUAAGAAUGGGUUCAUCUUGGAUGGGUUCCCAAGAACUAUCCCACAAGCUGAAAAGUUAGAUCAAAUGCUUGCUGAAAGAGGUACUCCAUUGCAAAGAGCCGUCGAAUUGCAAGUUGAUGAUGACUUAUUGGUUGCUAGAAUUACCGGUAGAUUGAUUCAUCCAGCCUCUGGUAGAUCUUACCACAAGUUAUUCAACCCACCAAAGGUUGAUAUGGUUGAUGAUGUCACUGGUGAACCAUUGAUUCAAAGAUCUGAUGACAAUGCCGAUGCUCUAAAGAAGAGAUUGGCCGGUUACCAUGCUCAAACUGAACCAAUUGUUGAUUUCUAUAAGAAGACUGGUAUCUGGUCCGGUGUUGAUGCUUCUCAACCACCUGCUACUGUCUGGGAUGAAAUCUUGAAAAGUUUGAGUCAAAAAUAA